AAGAACCCGCCAAAACAAUCACCAUCAUCCACCGCCGCACACCACCAUGCUACUCUCCGUAUUCCUGGCCCUCUUUCUACCCUGCGCCGGCAUGAGUGCCGUCUUCCUCGUCUACAUUUGCUUGCUCUGCUAUGCCGCCCGCCACCACCAUCAAACCAAUGCCCCUGUCAAACCCGCCACCGAAAAUGGCCUAUCCUCCGCUCAACUCGAGAAACUGCCGAUCACCACCGGAAAAGAUCUGGCGUUGGGAACGGAAUGUGCCGUAUGUUUGGAUGACGUGGAACCGGAACAACCUGCUCGGAUGUUUCCGGGAUGUAACCACGGGUUUCAUCAGCAAUGCGCCGAUACAUGGCUCUCCAAGAACCCAGUUUGCCCUGUUUGCCGGAAUAAACUUGCCGCCGAUUUCUUUGUUCCUCCCGAAACUAACCCAUGCUGAAAACAAACGGAAAUUCUUCACCUUUUCUCAAUUUUAUUUUAGAAAAUUUUGAUAACCAAUUCUAAGAUUCAAUUAGUAUUAAUAUUAGUAUUAUUAUUAUUAUUAUUUUGAGAAUGUAAGAGUUGUGAUGAUUUGUUAUUUAAUUGAUUAUUGUUAUUGAAUUUGAAAUAGGUUAUUGUUAAUGUAA